AUGGGAGGCCCCUACGCCUCCGUCAUAGCCCAACUGGGCGGUCGUCCAACGAAGAGUGUCGACGUGCCCAUCUGCUCCGUCUUCCUCGCUGCAUUCCUCGGCUUCGGUAUUAGCCAUAUGGUUAUCUUCCGUCGUAAUCUCGCCCGAGGCCACAAAUUCAUCCCUUCCGCCGUCACAUUCGGCUUUUGCAUGUCGCGUGUUGUCGCGAAUGUGACCCGUAUAGCCUGGGCCUGUUAUCCGAAAAAUAUUUCAGUUGCAAUUGCUGCGCAGAUCUUCGUUGCUGCUGGAGUUUUACUCCUGUUCAUCUUGAAUUUGCUAUAUGCCCAACGCAUGCUACGUGCUGCGUUCCCGGCUAUUGGCUGGUCGCGGCCUGUCUCUUGGGCGUUUAAGGUUCUUUAUGUUUUGGUGGCCCUUACCAUUAUCAUGGUUAUUACGGUCGUUGUUCAGAGUAUGUAUACGCUUAAUGCGAAUACGCAUCGCAUCGAUCGUGAUAUCCAACUCUACGGUUCGACAUACUUCGCCAUCGUCUCGUUCCUACCGCUGCCUAUUGUCUCGCUGGUGCUGCUCCUCGCGGAUGAGAAAAAGGUUGCCCAAUUCGGUUCUGGAUCAUGGCGGACCAAAGGUCUUAUCAUCCUCGUUGCUGGGACCUUGUUGUGUCUCGGUGCUUCGUUCCGUGCUGGAACUUCUUGGAUGAGACCUCAUCCUAUUUACGACCCGCCAGCGUACAUGCACAAAGCCUGCUUCUACGUCUUUAAUUUCGGACUCGACUUGUCGGUUGUGAUCCUUUUCUUGUUCUCUCGUGUCGACAAGCGGUUCCAUGUCCCGAAUGGUAGCUCCAAGGUGCGGCAUUACCGUGGGAAUGAUGAUUCUGAAAAGGAUGUUUCGGUGCAGCAGGUUCAGAAAAAUGACACGGAGCGAGAUAUUGAAAGUAGCAGCAGCUAG